UGUCAAAAUUUGCUCAUAGGACUCAGGACUAGAAGUGCUGCAUAGGAGAUAAAACAUUUAUCAAAAAUAUCAACAGAUAGAAAUCUGCUUCUGUUUGCACAAUUUGAAAAGGAAACUACUUCAUAUAUUUUUUUCUUGAAGAAUGGCUUUGACAGCUUUUAAAACACCAGCAUUGCUUCUUCUUUUUCUGAGUUUUAUAUUUUUACUUACUACUACUGCAUCCAGCUAUUGGAGAAUAUCAAGUAUAGUCAAUGCUACAAAUUGGAAGUAUGAAGGUCUGUGGAUGAAUUGCGAAGCUACUUCAUUGGGUUUAAUUCAGUGCAAUACAUUGUAUGUCCCGUUAAGUUCAGACACUUUUUUUCAAGUAUGUCGAGCUCUGAUGAUUAUAUCCCUGGUAUUGGGGAUAUGUGGAAUUCUGCUGGCGUUACUCAGUUUGAAAUGCCCUCAGCUUGGUUUCAGUGAUGAAAAAACAAAAAUAAAAAUUUCCAUGAUGAGUGGAAUAGUAUUUGCUUUGGCAGGUCUCUCAUCAAUGGUUGCUCUUUCGUGGUAUGCAGUAUGUAUCAUAACUGAGUUUUUUGAUCCUUUGUAUGCUGGAACAAGAUAUGAAAUGGGACACGCACUGUAUCUAGGUUGGACUGGUUCCCUUCUUUCAAUAAUUGGUGGGAUCCUGUUCACAUGUUCAUCCCGCAAAUGAAAUCAAAGGUAUUUAAGUAAUCUCAGAACAACAGAGCAUCAGGCAAGAGACGAUGGAGAAGACUGCUAAUACUCGGAUGAGGAAAAACAAGUGGGGGCAACUAACCCCUGAAUAUAAGUAUAGACUCACACUGCUUGAGAACACCAAAAAUUCCCCCAUGAAGUUCCCCAAUGCUGUGCUAAGAAGAGGCAAUCUUUUAGAUGGUCAGACUUAAUAUUUCAUUUGAAAGUUUGGAGCCAUUUUUUUCUUCUCUUCUGGAGAUUCAGGCUAUUUCACAUAUCACAAAUCAACACACCGGUACAGUGUAUUCUUGGUAUCCUUCCCUUUCUCCACAGCUAAAAGAUUUUAGUUUUAAACAAAAUUGGAAAAAAACUGAUAAACUGAAUAGGAAAGCAUUGGCCUUCACAAGCACACUUACUUACUUACUUACUUACUUACUUACUUACUUACUUACUUAGCUUGUGGCAUAACAUAUAUGAACUAGCAAUAUAUGUUAAUAUUUUACCUAGAUUAGUAAAAAACAAUAACAUGUAAAUGUGUAUAUAAAAGAUCUAAAUUUAAUUUAAAUUUAAUCAAUUCAAUCUAAGUUCAAAUACCAAUCACACUGAUUCCCAAGAAUCCUUUAGAUUCCACAUAAGCUCCAUAAAUAUUCUCAGAAAAUAAAAAUAGCGACUCAGCCCAGUGCUUUUGUCAUUUCUAAAUUCCUUCUUCAGCCCUGCCUCCCAAUAUAAUAAUGUAAGAACAUUACAGAACUAGACAGAGGCUGAGAGUAGCCACAGCACUUCACCUUUAAAUAAACUGUUUUGCUCUGUUUGGCAUUUUGUGAAGGGGCAUGCCACAUCACUUUUCUUUUUGAUACUGUCAGGGUACCUAUUUUCCCAUGAGCCAAAAAAGAUUUUAAUUGUCUGGUUAAUACUAGUCUUGAAAACUUUGUAAACUAAAAUUCUUUUACAUCUUUCAUCACCAAAAUAUAAGCUGCUUAGACCCAAAACCUAAUUACUAAUUACUGUAUACUGUAUAUGUGUCAGAUUAUAUAUUUAGUUUUAUGUAUGUAGAUUUUUUCUGUUAGUCAUCUUGAAUGAUGACUGAUGGAAAGGUAGGGAAGCCAACUACAUUAUAUUUGCAUUUUAAACUUUAAAACAGCUUAGUUUUACUCAGCUACAUCUAUUUCAUUAAACUAUUUGCACAGAAUAUAUGAUUUUUAGUUUCACAUUUGUUUACAGUUUAACAAAAUAUAGUGUCUAUGGAUUUGAUACUGUCUAGCUCAUUUAUAGUAAACAAAGAGUGUGAAAUGUAAUAUAUUUAUCUCUAUUUUUAAUUACAGAUAACAUGGAUAUCGUCAUGCCAAAAUUAUGUGUAACAUUUUAUUUAAAACAUAUUUACAUUUGCUAAACCAAUUCAAAAUAAUGCUGUGCAAAUUUUUCAAAAGGAGCACUUUGCAAAGUACAACCCAUAUCUCCUUCAAGUGCUAAAGCAUCCAUUGCAUUCUCUGGAAGGCUUGCAACAGCUGUUGAAAAACCCUCCUUGGUUGCCUGUUACUGUGUAUAUGCACAUUCAACACAGAAACAACCAGAAAUAGCUCUUGAAAGAACUGCAAAGUGUUCCAAAUAAUUUAGUGCUUUAAUAUUUCAUGGAAGCGGGCUUCACUUAUGCUUACAGAGUUUGUGAAGCAUCUUUGUCUAAUGCUUGGCACAGCCCCAACACAUCUCUUCCUCUGUAACAUUUACCUUAGUGUGCUCUCCCAUUUGUGUCUAUUCACAGCACCAUACCCUAGCAAUAGCUGGUGUUGCCAUCAUCUUAACAUCAGUCAAAAAGUUUAAGUUGUCCUUAGCUAUAUUGGUGUUAAUGUCAUGUUUUCCUCCUAUUCUGGCACUAAGAACAAACUCAAGAUGUGCAAAAUCUGUUGUGAUUUGUAACUCACUCUGAUGAGCUUGGAGGAAGGCUCAGGAAGGGACUUGCAUGUGAGACAGAAAAUCUCACAAAAAGGUUUUCUGCCCACUCAAGAUAGAUGCAUGGCAUUUCAACUCAACAGUGGGGAAAGGCCCUUAAGUAGUUUAUCAUUUUAGUGCUGAAUAUUAUAAUAAACAUUAUUGCAUAUUUUAAAAAUUAUGAAAAUUAUUUAAAUCACAUAAUCAUGUAAAAUGACAUAUCUUUCCUAGUUUGCAAAAUGUACUAUGUCACAUUAUUUUAUUACUUUAUAAAGAUAUGAUAAUUUGCAGAAUAAAGCUACCAGUACUUAAAAUUCUGGCGGAUUGAGAGUAUAUUAAAAACAAUAUAUGGGAAGGAGCUAAUUCUGAUUUCUCAACUAUUUUUCAAUAAAAAUAGAUGAUAGAAAAUGCUGACUUCUGGGUGUCGCAUGGACAAACCCAUCCUGUUUUCUUGGAAUUGUUUUUGGGAAAUUGCUACUGCCUUCCUCCUAUGAUCUUGAGUAACCUAAAAACACACAAAGUCACACUUAUGAUCUUAUUUCUAGCCAACUGCAUUUAAUUAGUAUAUCAACAUUAUCCUCAAAGCAGAAGUGCCACUUCUCCCUCCAAAAGAUUUGGCCAACCCAUUAUAGCUGCAUUUAAUUAUACUUAACAUUGAGCAGAUUUUGGAGAUUUGAAUUAUGCCUUAUUGGAAGGUUUUCAGCUAGUUUCUUAAGACUACAAUAAUAAAGUAGGUGAUCCCAGGUCUUUUUUUAGUAUAUUCAAUUCAGGUGUUACCUAGAAGCAUUUUAAAUCUUCCUCUUUAAAGG